GAGAAGGCUUUUAUCCCAGAACCUACUAAGACGCCGAGAAAUGAGAGACCAGUGCCCUUCUUCUCCAAGGAGACUAUCGCUCACGCUAAGAAGAGCUUGACAGGACGUCAAGCCAGGUGGGCGGAGCUGCUUUCGGAGUAUGAUUUCUCUAUCCGAUACCGUCCAGGUCGGCUUAACCCCGCUGAUGCGCCAUCAAGGCGACCCGAUUAUGAUAUCGUUGAUGGGGAUGAGGAUCCUACAAAGGGACCUCUACCAUCACUGCAGAAGAAACUGGCUGCAGGGGGUUGGGGUUCUCUAAAGCUUGGGAACGGCGCCGGUAAGGCAGCUGCGCGACCCUAUACAAGUGGAGGAGAACUCGGGUCCCCGCAGGGGACUGGCACUGAAGGUCAUGAACUUCUCGUGCCACGUUUUGCUGCCAUUGAAUUGGCGGAAGACGAAACGGUCUACAACCUUCCAACCCAACGGCUUCUAGAAUUCAUUGGUGAGUUGCAGCAGGGGGACGCCUUUACUGCGGCUCGAAUCCAGAAGUUGAAGGAGGAAGGAUCCGGGUCGAACUUGGAAGGGGCAAGCCCUGAGCGGGGCGGUGCCGCCGAGGAACCAAGUCGCUGGCAACUAGGGGAAUGUGGACUCCUACUGCUAAAUGGUUCAGUCUUUGUCCCUCGUAGCAGGGCGGUGCGCCAGGAGUUAUUGAGGAUUCAUCACGAUGAUCCCCAUGCUGGGCACUUCGGAUUAGAGAAGACUGAAGAGCUCCUGAGACAUGUCAAGGAGUAUGUUGAAACUUGUGAUGUCUGCCAGAGGAUAAAGGUUCCGCGGCACAAGCAAUAUGGCGAGUUGGCGCCACUGCCUGUUCCAAAGGGCCCAUGGCAGGAUCUAUCGAUGGAUUUCAUAGUUGACCUGCCGAAGUCGACAAGAGUCAAAGGAUAUGACUCAAUUCUAGUUAUUGUCGACCGCUUUACGAAGAUGGCCAAAUAUAUCCCUACCCACAAGAAGGUUAAAGCCCCUGAAUUGGCUGACCUGUUUCUAGAUGCCAUCAUUCGUGAUCACGGUUCUCCGAAAUCGUUAGUGUCAGACCGAGGAUCCCUUUUCACCAGUAAAUACUGGUCGGCCUUUUGCUAUCACCUUACGAUAAGGCGCCUCCUCAGCACCGCGUUCCAUCCUCAGACAGAUGGCCAGACUGAACGUCAGAAUCAAACAUUAGAACACCAUCUUCGGGCGUUCUGUUCAUAUCAUCAGAAUGACUGGCCUAAACACCUUCCGACCGCCGAAUUCGCAUAUAACAAUGCAAAGAAUGCAACCUUAAAAGUGUCCCCCUUUUAUGCUUGUUAUGGGUAUAAUCCUUCAUUACCUAGUGACGUCGCGGACGACGUCCUAAAGGGGGGGAUAGACAGUCGGAAUGUCGAACGGGAUCGUGGGACAGAGUACCCCUCGGUGCCAGAAGUAAAAGCUAGAUUGGAGCUUCUGGAUAGAAUCCACGGGGAGGCGGCGAAAAGCAUCCGCCGCGCCCAGGAGCGACAGGCGGAAUACUAUAAUCGAAAACACCUUCCAAUGAAGUUCUCAAUAGGGGAUCAAGUGUUACUUUCAGCAAAGAACAUCAAGACGACGAGACCGUGCAAGAAGCUCAGUGAGCGAUGGUUGGGACCUUUCCCGAUAAUAAGGGUAGUGGGUAAGCAGGCAUAUGAGUUGAAACUAACCUCAGGAUUCAAAUCUAUCCAUCCUGUCUUCCACAUUUCCUAUUUGGAACCCUAUAAGCAACGACCCGGGGCGGAGCCGCCUCGGCCGGAUGGGCUCGAGAUUGAGGGUAAUACCGAAUAUCUUGUAGAAGGAAUAUUGGACAAACGAAUGCACUACAACAAAGUUCAAUACCUUGUCAAAUGGGAAGGUUAUCCAUCAUCCGAGAACUCAUGGGAACCGCUUGAGCAUUUAGAGAAUGCCGAGGAAGAGAUCGCAAAAUAUGAGGUGGCAAUGGGGAGACCGCCCCGCUGCACGUCGGAG